CGUUCGUUGUUCCCGUACCUGGACGCUGUAGACGGCUGGGGAAGACGUCACACGAGGCCUAAACCCUCGUCCUUUAAACCCUCGUGGCCGUCAUCUUUUGUGUCCACAACCACGCUAUCACUUCCUCUCACCACCUCGGAAACCCACCCCUUCCCACACUUCGCAAUGGAAACCAUCAGCACUGUCGUCAACACGGCCAGCAAAGCCAUCUGGGGAGACCAGACUGCCACCACCGCCAAUGAGACCGGUGGCAGCGAGCCUGUCUCUGGCUUGCAAGGCAAAGGUACAGCCACAGAGCCGUAUGAUCAAGGCAAUGCCCCAAACCCCUCGGACCCCGUUGGCAAGGUGGAUCGUACCGACACCGCAGUUGGGACUGAGGCUAGCAAGCUCGACGUUUCUGCACCCUCUACCACCAACACCAUCGAGCCCAAGACCACGGAACUACCCAUCCGAACCGCCAAAGCUCCUGAAACCGACGCCCUCCAUGAACCGACGCCGUCCACCGCCAUCGAUCCAGUAAAGGCUGACGAGCCUUCCAAAUCACAGAUCCCAACGAACCCGACAGCAUCGGCGCUGGAGGGAGAACCAAAGCCUCUUGAGAACACGGAGGGUACUGGUGUCACAGGUGCUUCAGCUCAGAAAUACGAGCCCAAGGGAAGUGACAUCGUGCCUUCGGAAUCUUCCAAGAAUACAGGUGUAGCUCCGUCUUCUGGUGCCGUUCAUCCCGAAACACAGCAGGGUGCGGACCGUCCGCACCAUGCCCCCGACUCUACAGGAGUUGAGGCUGUGAAGGCAAAGAAGGAGGAUGCUGAGGCUACCAUGCACAAGCGAGACCCCAACGAUCACUCCGGUGAGCCCAUGCGAAUGCACAACGCUCCCGGUGACGUGCCAGCUACCCAGGAAGAGCGCCGCGAGUCCAAGGUUGGCAACCCCGGUGGCCAGGAGCACGGUACAGAGCCCAAAGGUACCGGCGAGAAGCACGUCAAGUCCACUGGCCUUGCUACUGAUGGUGGCGAUUUUGACGCCAGCAAGCCCGGUGCUGGAAGGGAGGCCGACCGUCUCCUUGAGCAAAAAGGCAUCCAUCGCGAUGAGAAGGGAAACAUGGAGGGCGGAACCGAUGCGUCACCUGGAAGCCCGGGUAAAGACAAAGUGUCCAAGAUGCAUAAGCUGAAAGAGAAGCUCCAUAUUGGGCACAAGGACAAAUGAGUGCAAGAUCCUGCGUGACGAAACCAAACGUCAGUGUCAUGAGUUAUGAUUCUGCGCUUUCAAGUUCCUUUCGAGUCCCCAUGAUUUCUUAUUCUAGUUGUAGUUUCUCGAUACCUUUCAGUAAGUUCACGAUUUUGAUGUAAUUGAUACCUUUUCUAUCAUUGUUCACCACUGCAAGAUCAUCAUGACACUGGCACCCUACUGUCAUCAUAAGCGUUAAUUGGUAUACUCGAAGUUAACGAUAGACUAUACAUUUUUCAGUCAUAUGAAGGCAGUGACAUAAAUGAAAUCAUACGCACGAAUCAAGCUACUAGCAUUGAGAAAGCCAAUCUUGGUUGAUCCCAUUUUGUCAAGUUCUCUUCUAGAUUCUAUGAGGGUAUGCAUAACUACACAAGUCUC